AUGGUAGCAAUCCCAAAUCACUCUUCGCAGCUGCUUGUCAGCCUUCCGGCUGAUCAUGUAUUGCUGCUAACCUUGAAUCGCCCUCGGUCGUUGAAUGCAAUGACUCCAGAGAUGACGGAAGAUCUUCAACGUAUUCUUGACUGGUUCGAAGAAGAGGAAGAGCUUUGGGUUGUCGUAUUUACUGGGUCGGGCCGUAUCUUCUGCGCGGGGGCCGAUCUCAUCGCAUGGGAUAAGCACCAGCAUGAUGGCGACUCGAGCGAACAGGCCCGCCUCGCUUCGGACAGGCAUGGCUUUGGGUCCAUCUCCCGACGUCAGAGCCGCAAACCCAUGAUCGCCGCCGUGAACGGGGGCGCUUACGGGGGCGGUACAGAGAUAGCACUGAACUGCGAUCUCGUGGUCGCGAGUCAGGGCGCCAAGUUCGCGCUACCGGAGGUGAAGCGCGGGGUUAUAGCUGCGGCAGGAGGCAUCCCGCGGCUCGCGCAACUCGCUGGACACCAGCUGGCGUCAGAACUGCUGCUGCUGGGAAGGACGAUCACUGCGGAAGAUGCGCGGGCGCGAUUUGGCUUCGUAAACGAGGUCGUGCCGGCUAGCGAGGUCGUGUCCACGGCGGUGCAACUUGCGAAAGAACUGACCCAGAACUCGCCGGAUGCCGUCCAGAGUACGAAGCGAGGCUUGCUAAUGGCACAGAAUCUCGGCGCCGAGGAGGCGUACAAACAGCACAUUUGGGCGCCCGAGACCACUCGCGUAUUCAAAGACGAAAAUAUCAAGGAGGGCCUUCGCGCCUUUGCCGAGAAACGCUCGCCCAAGUGGGGAAAUCCUGCGAAGCUGUAGUCUGAGAAGCCGACGUCACGCGCGAGGGCAUCUACCAGCCGC